UGAGCUUCGAAGACUGUGAACAAACUUCCCGGAUUGAGCUUAGUUCGUUGAGCCAUCUUUAUCAGGUGUCUACAGCGAUCUCCGCACCACUCGUGAAGGUCAAGACUGGUGUCAGCUGGGAGCGGGCACCGCGCUCUUACGAGCACUAUCUUUCGUGGGUGCUCUGCAGUCCAUCAAACAGCAAAGGAUUUUCAAAUGGAGUGCCUUUGAUCACGAUCGCUUGCUGAUUGCAGCUCUGCAACGUGAUCUCGAUCGCACGCGUCGACGUGAGCAGAGAAUCUUGAUCGCGAGCCGCAACCCCGCCUCGACGUUUGUACCUGCGCCAGGGCUGACCAUGGCGCAGCAGCUCGGUGUCAGCCAUCACAAGACCGGGAACGCGCCUCUGCUCCUCACCGGCGAGUCCAGCGUAUCUAAAGAUUUCAUGGACAGUCUCGCUCUGGGCUGGCACAAGCUGUACCAGUUUGGCAAGGCGCCCAGUGACCCCACAACCUCGACAACGUCCAGCGACGUAGCAGUUGCUUCUGCAACAUCGAACGUCUCACCGCUCACGAGCGGUAGCUCACUCCUCUCCACGAUUCAAACCGACAAUGCGCUAUGGUCGGUCUCCGCACAAUCUCCAUCGAACGCGCUUCGACAACAUAAGCGAUCGCGUACCGAAACCCACCAGACUGCACCGGUCGUAGAUGUAGAGGGCAUCGGAAUGGACGCUGUCUCGACCACCAAGAAGAGACGCUAUACGACGAACAGCACGGGUCUCAAUUACUUGCCUCAAGCAUUGUACGUCCAGAGCACCACAGAAGGUCGCCUCCGCAGUGGAUCCAUGGGCACCAAGAGACGCCUUGAGCAGUGAUAUUGGGUUGUACCAUGGAGGGCAAAGGAUGUGAGGAAGCAUUCUACAAAAGCUCCCGUCAUUGCAAAUCUCCGUACCACUCCAACACCUGGCCUCAUUCUAGACAUAUGACUGCCCCCAAGUUUCUUUCGACGUCCAUGUGUACGCCUUUCACGA